AAUGGCGCUACAAAGAAUUCUGAUGGAGGAGAAAGGGACGCUGCUCUCUCGGCUCCAACCUCUACACAUUGGUGUGGUCUGCAUUAAAGACCAACCAAGGGUUAUCUCAUGGAAUUUCACCGACAGCGGUGAGGCCAAACCAUCAGUAACAAAAGAAAAUAAAAUGGUUGUAGUUAGUGAUGGAUGUUCUGUAGCUACACUCCUACUUUUUGAGGAGUACUCGGCUAAGGUAACUCUUGGUCAAGGGUAUGUGAUGAGACGUUACUCCCUUAGAGGACAGUCCCCACCUUACCAGAUCAGUGUUUCCAGGGACACACAGUUUUUCAGUUCGACACCAGUGCCUGUGUCACAGAAGCUGCAGAUGGAGGCGGAGAGGCUCCUCAAUCCCGUCUCCAAAAUGAGCCCUUUGAAAGGCAUCAAGAAGACACAGGGAUUGGUGACGGUGGAGGGAGAGGUGGUGAAGAUCUCCGCCAUCAAACGGAUGCAGGUGAAGAACAAUGCGGUGCCCCUGAAGAUGCUGACUUUACAGGAAGACAGCACACAGGUUGCAGUAAACCUGUGGAGGGAGGCAGCUGUGUUGCCACUCCAGAAGGGAGCCCAAAUAAGGCUUACACAUUUGAGAUCAGUCACAUCAAAAUAUGGACACCACCUGCAGUCCACAACCUUUACAGCAUUUGAGGACGUCCCAGUCAAAACUUGCAUUCUGGGUGUGAUGGGAGUGCUGGAGUGCGAUGACAAGCCGGGAAUGUUGCAGCUUCUGGUGCAGGAGAAUGAUACUGUGUUUGAAACUGAGCUGGCUGUUUGGCACCCAGUAGGGAAGAAAUUGUGCAAAGUGCCAUUCAAAGUCAAAGUUCAAACCGUUGGAAAAAAGAUAAUUAGUGUUGAGGCCGUUGAGGAAGAG